UGCAGUUUACUCCACAGUUCUCUGCAAAUCAUGGCGGCCAAAAUGGCGUUAAAGGCGUCUCUUCCGCUUCUCCUUCUCUUUAUCCUGAUCCUCUCCUGCGCCGCGUAUGCCCGCUUAAUCGUCGACCGUUCAUCGGAUCUAGUAUCGGACGGCGUACAUAGCGCCGGCGAAGGAUCGGGGAUCCUCCGUCUUGGCCUUUUUGCGCCGGAGGAGGAGACCUGCGAGCAGUCCUACGGCUUUUUGCCUUGUACUACCACUGCUCUGGGUAACCUCUUCCUGAUUAUAGUCUAUGGAUACCUCAUGUUCCUUGCUGCUACCUACCUCUCCUCCGGGAGUGAACUGUUGCUUGAAAUUCUCGGUCCUGGUCUCAUCGGCGGUCUCUUCCUCCCUAUCCUCGGUGCUCUUCCGGAUGCUAUGCUCAUUCUCGUAUCUGGAUUAUCAGGAAGUGUUGCUGAAGCUCAGAGCCAGGUGUCUGUUGGAAUGGGCCUGCUAGCUGGGUCAACUGUUAUGCUUCUCACUGUGAUAUGGGGAACCUGUGUUGUUGUUGGGAAGUGUGACAUACAAAAUGCUGUUGCUGUAGACUUAAAAGACACUAAAGCAUUCAGUUUGACUGGAUCUGGUGUUACUACUGAUGUAUGGACUAGCUAUGCUGCAAUAAUCAUGGCUAUAUCUGUGAUCCCAUUUGUGGUUGUGCAGUUGCCACAGGUCCUCCAUUCUUCCUCAGCGAGACACUUGGCAGUCUUGAUUGCUCUCAUAUUAUCAAUUUCUCUUUUGAUCGCCUAUUGUGUUUAUCAGGUAUUUCAGCCUUGGAUACAAAGAAGAAGAAUUGAUUAUUCAAAGCAGAAACAUGUUAUAUCUGGAUUUCUGAAGCAUUUGAGAAUGCGUGCAUUAGGGAAACUUUGCAAUGAGCAGGGGACACCUGAUACUGGCGUUUUGAGAAAGAUUUUUCAAACAAUUGAUUCUAAUGGGGAUGGACAACUUUCGCAUUCUGAAUUAAAAGCCUUCCUUGUGGGAGCCCGUCUCGAUGAAAUUAACCUAGACGAAAAUGAUGCGGUAGAUAAACUUAUGAAGGAUUUUGAUACGUCAAAUAAUCAGGAAAUUGAGUUUGAAGAGUUUGUUGCUGGAGUUGACAAAUGGCUUGAUGAGGUUCAAAUUUCCAGAAAUGUCCCUGUAACACUUAAGCAUCUUGAGGAUUUCCAUGAGCAAACAAGAAGAGAGCAUUACUUACUAGGGGCUGGGGAUCAAAAUGAAGAAGCUGAUGAGGGAGUUGAGAAUCCCAAAUGGACCUCAAUUAAGGCUGUAUUAUUCUUGUUGCUGGGGACUGCCAUUGCUGCUGCUUUUGCCGAUCCCUUGGUAGAUGCAGUUGAUAAUUUCUCUACUGCCACAAGUAUCCCAACUUUCUUCAUCUCAUUCAUUGCGCUACCAUUGGCAACUAACUCAAGUGAGGCUGUCUCAGCAAUCAUCUUUGCUAGCAGGAAAAAGCUUAGAUCUGCAUCACUAACAUUCUCUGAGUUAUAUGGAGCAGUGACUAUGAACAAUGUCCUUUGCCUGUCGGUGUUCCUUGCUCUUGUUUAUGCCAGAGGAUUAACAUGGGACUUCUCAUCGGAAGUGCUGGUCAUUCUUAUAGUCUGCAUUGUCAUGGGCGUCUUUGGGAGCAUCCGUUCUACAUUCCCGCUCUGGACUUCCUUCAUAGCAUUUUUGCUCUACCCAUUAUCCAUCGCGCUUGUUUACGUGCUCGACUAUGUAUUUGGUUGGUCAUAGGUUUAGUCUUUUCCUCCUCUGCACAUUUUGGUUACUUUGAAUUGUCAAAGAAACAUUGUGUCGGCUAAGGUUCCUUGUUCUAUAUGUGAGAAGUGUUUGCAAGCUCAUGCUUGCAAAUACUCUUUGUGUUUCUAUGUAUUCAGAACACUCAUGUCUAUGUUAUAUAAUUUAUCUUGCCCCAUGUCA